AAAUUGGGCUCGACCCGACCCGAAACUACAAUCGGGUAACCCAUUUCUCAACUGAGAACCGAUAAGAAAAUGAACGACGUCAAUGGCGGAAACUUUAGAAGACAUAAAUGGCAAUUCAAUUAGGAAAUCCAAACCCCUACUUGUCCCCAAUUCGACAAAAUCCUCUCCACGUUCAAACCAGAAGACAUCCCAGAUUGUCUGUAAACAUCUCAGCAGCAUCGAUUCCAGUGCGGUGGGAGGAGCAAAUUCCCCCAAAUGCCGUUCGCCGGAAGCGUGACCCGUCGUGGCGCGGCGGCUUCAGCCUCGGAGUAGACUGGGGGCUCUCCCGGACCGGCCUUGCCCUCAGCAAAGGCUUCUCCAUUCGCCCAUUAACGGUUGUUGAAUUAAGAGGUCAGAAGCUUGAGCUCAGACUACUUGAUAUUGCUGAGAAGCAGGAAGUUGAUGAGUUCAUAAUUGGGAUUCCGAAGUCGAUCCAGGGUCGGGAAACAGAGCAAUCGAAUAAGGUUCGCAGCGUGGCAGGAAGGCUUGCAGUUAGAGCUGCAGAGAGGGGAUGGAGAGUAUACUUGCAGGAUGAACACGGGACAUCUGCCGAGGCUCUUGACCAUAUGAUAUCGGAGGGACUCAGUAAAUUUGCUCGUCAAGACAGGCUCGAUGCCUAUGCUGCUGUGGUUCUUGAACGAUAUUUUUCGGAUUGUGGGAAGGGGGCCGAGCUUGUUGUCCCUAAACAGGUGGAACUGCAGAGCAAGCUUCGGAAAGGUCCACCUAAGGAUCCCGAUUUUUUCCCAGAAGAGUAGAGAUCGAAAUCCCCGAGCAAUGUCAAUGAUCCGAACUGCUUUAUCAUUUGCUAACUCGGCUUCAGAAGUGUGCGCGAUUCACACGUGUAGUGUAGUGUGGCAGUGGAAGCAGAUGGGAUUAUCAGACAUAUUUCAAAGGUAUCGGUAGAAUAUAUUAUGCGAUUGUUUGAAUGUUUUGAACGAUGGGUCGAAACAUUUGGUUGAUGAGCAAUAUUGGAAAAAGUUGCAUUUA